CUCUUCUGGUGGGGUUUGUGUUGACGAUGGCAAACUUCAGCUUCUUCUCCUCGCUGUUGGCCUUCUUCAUCACCUCCUCCAGACUCACCCGCUGGGGAGGAGUGCAGAAGAAGAAGAUAGACGCUGACUACAAAGAAGGUGGUCAGAGGAACUGGGUUCAGGUGUUCUGUAACGGAGGAGUUCCUGCAGAGCUGGCACUGCUUUACAUGAUCGAGGUGGGUUCAGGUGAGAUGCCCAUAGACUUCAGCAAACAGUACUCGGCCUCCUGGAUGUGUCUGUCUCUGCUGGGAGCGCUUGCAUGCAGCACUGGGGACACCUGGGCGUCCGAGGUGGGGCCUGUUCUCAGCCAAUCACAGCCCAGACUCAUCACUACCUGGCAAGGAGUCCCAGCAGGAACAAACGGAGGAGUUACUCCCGUCGGGUUGGCCGCCAGCUUCCUCGGUGGUGUCGCUGUGGGUGCGGCGUACUUUUUGACACAGCUUUUGUUUGUCAGCGACCUGCACCUGGCCGACCCCCAGUGGCCAAUCAUGGUAUACGGAGGCUUGGCUGGUCUGCUUGGGUCCAUGCUGGACUCUUUCCUGGGAGCUCACAUGCAGUAUUCAGGCUUUGACUCCAGCAUCGGGAAGGUCGUUGGUUACCAGUCCGCCACGACUCGGCGGAUCUGCGGGAAACCGAUCUUAGACAACAACGCGGUCAACCUGUUCUCCUCGGUCCUCAUCGCGCUCAUCCUGCCUGGGCUGGCGUGGGGGAUGUGGCCAAGAUAAACUCUCAAACAAAACCCUUCAGUAAUCUGUCGACAAAGAAACGUCAUAGUAAACAUGAUUAUUAGCACAUUAAAAAGUUUCUAUCAAAGAAAAACUCUUUCACCUGUCUUUGUCCUAAAACUGACUGAACUCAGAUUUAUUAAAAAUCAUCUUCAUGUGGACAGGCUAACUAUCAUAACAAACAUCUACGGACAGGCUGAAAUCAAUCAUUAUAUAAUAUCCACAGCUGAGGAUUUGAUGCUGGUAGUGGGAGAAUUUGAUUUCUAACCCUUUUGAUACAAACAGUACACUCUUGUUCACUAUGACACAUGUAAGUCCUGAAAUGUUCAACAUGGUCAGGAAGGCUGUGAAAGUGAAUUGACAUGAAUAAUGAAUAGAAUUGAUCAAAUCUACUUCUUCUAAUCUUGAGAAAAAUAACCUCAUCAACACUUGUUAUAUGGUUCCUGAAACCUAACCUGCACCAGGGAAGAAUAUUUUCUAAAGAAAAGAUGAUUUGGAUUAUAAUUAUUGCCUAAUAAAGUAAUCUGCAAAGAGA